UUUAUUUGUUUGUCUGUCAUCUCUUCGUUGUGAGUCUUUCUGUCUGUUUGUGUUUCUGCCCAUCACAAUGUCCAAGAGUGAUUCAGAAAUCCAAGAUCAUCUCAUGAUCUUGGAUAACUUGGUUGAUGACCAAGAACUGAAAGAUGAGCUCCAAAGUCUUGAUGACCUUCUUGAUGAGCUGCAGGAAGAGGAGGCAGCAGCAGCAGCACCAGUAAAGACACCUGAACCGAGGGUGGUUUGGAGAAAAAGAGACAAUACUGGAAAUAUCGUUCAUGCGAGGCCAAGAUCAAGCAGGAAUCAUUCAGAUAAGGCUGAUCACAUUCGGAAGACUGAUCCUCCCUUCAUUGCUCCUGACCCUAACUGUGAGGUGGCCUUUACUCCAGAGACUGUUGAGUGUUUUCUACAAGAUCUCCAACACUCACUAAGUGAAUUCUCUGGUGAUGAAGCAUCACCUCUUGAAACCCCAAGAGAUCCUCUUCUGGCUUCCUCAAACUGGAGCAAAAGACAAAGUCUCUUUUCAGAGAGGUGGAGGGCAGAGAGACCCCGCCUGGUAAACACGGCUGCGGAAAGGGAACAUGUGGCAACACACAUCUGCCAACAGUGUGGGAGUAAUCCAGCGGCUGUCCGGUGUUGUGACUGUAGACCACGUCCCUUCUUCUGUGCUGAAUGUGACGUCAGCAUGCACACCAGACAUGUUCUUCACAACAGAGAUGCCAUGACUGCUGGAUUCUUCCAACCAUUGCCUCCAACAACUUACGUGGUGGAUAAGGCUCUUUCCCAUUGUGUCCGGCUUGUACCUGUGGAGAUGCCUGACAAAAUCUGUGGUUGCUCACCAGAGUCAUUGAGGGUUAGUCCAGGAAAGACUGUUGCUGUGGUCACAAUGAAUGGACGACAUGAUCUAAGCAUGCCCGAGUUAAUUUGUGAGGCAUGCCAAGCCACUUGGACUUCUGGAGUCGCUGACCUAAACAGAAGUGACUACUGGCCUGCAACCCUUCAAUUUGCCACAGUUUAUGCCACAGAUGUAUUUUUUUCAUUUGAAGAAAUGAAGAUGGCGGCACCAGGACUGUCCUGCCAAGCAUUUUUAAGAAUGCUGAAUCAGCGAACUGUCCGCUUUGGUCGUACUGGCAAGAUCUCAGCGGACAGUUUUCUGAAAAGUUUUUUUGAGUGGGAGGCUGUGCGAUUUGAGUUGGACAAUAUGUGCAAGGAAGAAACCUUUAACUGUCCUGCGUGCACCCCUGAAAUGCUUGCAGUUUCAGUUGAUGGAAACCGCAAGCAUUAUCGUUUCAAGAAUGCUGCUAGAUCUGAGGAACAGGCCAUCUUUGAAGACGUCUUCAUUGCCAAGGAUGAAGACGUGAAAAGAUUUGUGGACCACAUUCACAACACAACCAAACAUGUCAGUGGAAGAGGUGUUUGUGGAGGUGAGUGGUCAGCAGCCAGAGAGACCUCACAAAGAUCUGCCAGCAAGGUAGACGAGGAGGGAUUGGAGCUUGCGGUGUGUCGGCACGGUGUCCUGCUCUCUGCCUUAAAUAUGUAUCGGGGGAAAUUUUUGCCUAUCCCCUGUACCUGCAGAAAAGCUGGCCAGUAG